AUGGCUGUCCUCGCCACAAAGAGCCGCCCCAGCGCCGCCGAAGAAUGCAAGGAUCGCCGAGGAAGAAACGGCCGCCACAGCGCUGCUGAAGAAUUGAAGGAUCGGCCAGCUGGAAGAAACGACAAGGUGCGGAUCACUUCCAUAGAUUCAUACGAGAUGGUUAAGAAGAUCGGUGAGGGAGCGUACGGAGCCGUCACGAAGGCCCGUCACAUCGACUCCGGCGAGACUGUGGCCAUCAAAUCAAGCAUCAACGCCGGCGGCGAGGCGGCGGCGGCAUUACUGCGGGAGGCCGCCAUGCUCGCCGCGUGCGCCGGCAACCCUGCUGUGGUGCGGCUCAGGGAGGUGGCUCGCGGAUCGGAUCUGCACGAGCUCCACCUCGUCAUGGACUACGUCGGCCGGAGCCUCGCCGACGUCAUCAGGUCGCGUCGCCGCCGCGGACAGUGCUCCUUCUCUGAAUCGGAGGCGCGCGGCGCCAUGGCGCAGCUGCUGGCCGGCGCUGCGACGAUGCACGCGCACGGCGUCAUCCACCGCGACCUGAAGCCUGGAAAUGUGCUCGUCAGCGAGAAGGACGGGCGGCUCAAGAUCUGCGACCUGGGACUCGCGAAGUCCGUCGUCGCGCCGCCCACGGACAUGGAUCUCGAAGGCACGCUCGGCUACAUGGCGCCGGAGCUGCUCCUGUGCCAGAAGGACUGCGGCGCGCCCGUUGACAUGUGGGCGCUAGGAUGCAUUAUGGCAGAGAUCGUUGUUGGAGAACCACUCUUCACGGAGGAAGACUUAUGCCAGCAAUUGAUCAGCAUACUUCACCUCCUCGGGAUUGCUGACGACAUCUCGCUAAUGCCACUGGGUGUCUCACCACCAAGCAAACUACGCGAGAGGGUGCCGGAGGAGGAGCUGUCACCGGAGGGAUUCGACGUCCUGCAAGGCCUACUGGAGUACAACCCCAAGGACAGGCUCACCGCCGAUGCCGCGCUUAAAAAGCUAUGGUUUGCAGCUAAGGAUAAUUGA